AUGAUGCACAUGAAUACACGCAGUGAUGUAUGCAUGCUGAUAAGCAUAAAGAUUUUAAGAGCGCACAACACCGAACGGGGCUCCGACUCCGACUCUGGCUCCGGCUCCGGCUCCGACUCCGGCUCCGACUGCGGCUCCGACUGCGGCUCCGACUCCGGCUCCGACUCCGGCUCCGGCUCCGGUUCCGGCUCCGACUCCGGCUCAGACUCCGACUCCGGCUCAGACUCCGGUUCCGGCUCCGACUCCGGCUCAGACUCCGGCUCCGGUUCCGGCUCCGACUCCGGCUCAGACUCCGGCUCCGGCUCCGGCUCCGACUACGACUCCGGCUCCGACUCCGGCUCCGACUCCGGCUCCAACUCCGGCUCCGGCUCCGACUCCGUCUCCGGCUCCGACUCCGACUCCGGCUCCGACUCCGUCUCCGGCUCCGACUCCGUCUCCGGCUCCGACUCCGUCUCCGGCUCCGACUCCGUCUCCGGCUCCGACUCUGGCUCCGACUCCGGCUACGGAUCAAUAGUCCCCCUCUGA